CUUUAAGACAGCACACAAACACCUAAUCCCUCCAAAUCCCGUCAAUAAAUAACCCAUACAAAGGAGAAGAACUUUAUCCAACAAAUUUAUUAAUCCAUGAGCUUUGGCCGUGUUCUUUCUCAGCGUUUUUUUAAAAUAAUAUUCUUAAUACUGAACUCAAGAAAAUGGAGAAUUUCAAGUUUUUUCACUCGUUUAUCAUCAUACUCGUUGCCACUUUGUGCACGCAAGGAAAACGUGUUCCCCGAGUUGCAAAUGGAUUCAGCCAUUACGCCCCCCACCAAGUAAGUUUGGUGGACAACGAAGCGAACGCACAUUUCUGCGGAGGAUCAAUCCUAAAUUCGCUCACCAUCGUAACAGCCGCGCAUUGUCUCUACCGUCGGAAUCGUGGUAACGAGCUGCCAUCAUUAAAUAUCCCACGAAUGCCGCGUGAAAUUCGCAUCGUCGCGGGAGAGUACAGUCUCGAACUGCGUGACGUUACAGAACAAAUCCGUCAAGUCAAGUUACUCCGAGUUUAUGGCGGAUAUGAUGAGAACACUUUGCAAAACGAUAUCGCCCUCAUUCAACUCACAGCGCCAUUAAGAAUAAACCGGUUCGUCCACCCAAUUCGGCUGCCUAGUCGAAACAGACAGUUUAAAGGAAAUGUAACCGUGUUCGGAUGGGGAUCCAAUCGUUCCAGGCAAUUUUUUCUGGAAGGCAAUUCCAUUGCGGUCACACCUGACACCCUUCAAUCCGGCGUAAUGUCAAUCAUCACAAGCUCUGAGUGUCGUCGUGGUCUCGCUUACUGGAGUGGAUUUAAUGAGCAAGUCAUGUUUUGUGCGAGGUCGACUAAAACAAUGAUUUGCGAAGGUGACUCUGGGUCUGGUGCCGUUUGUCACUAUUGUGGACCAUCGAUGCAGGCCUAUUCAGAUAUUGGGGCCAGCUCCCAGCACGCAUGUGUCGACGUCCUUUGCGGCAUAAAUUCCGCCGGGAAAGAUGCCACGGAUUGCUUGGUUGACGAAGAUGGAGACCUCUUCAAACCACCACCACCUGGCGUUUUUACUAAAGUAUCCGUAUUUCCGACUUGGAUUAAUUCCGUGCUCCGCACCGAAUUCAAAGUGAAUGGCAGCUUUCUCUGCGACGAUCUUCAAUACAUCGCACAAGGGAAGGAGUGCGACGGAAGUAUUGACUGCAGCGACGGCUCAGACGAGCAUAACUGCACCCUUGAUAUCGCAGAAAUGACGUAUUCACCGUACAAAUGGGAUGAAGCUAAACCCGUGCCAAUUGUUCAGCAUGAAAUUGUGCAAACUUCUAGGAAUGAGACAAAUUCUACAGGAACCAGCGAGACGGUUGACCCCGAGUCAGACGACGAUAAUUAUUGGAAUGAACUGAAUAAAGAACUAACCGAUCCGAUUAAUAAUACUAGCACACAAAGAGGAAAUAAGGAAUAUAUUGUCACCAGCACGGCAAGAAAUUAUGCAUCGGAACCUGUCACUAUACAGCAUUUUACCCCUAUCGAGAACACCACGGAAAUUGAAGACAUGACGACGGAACCUGUCGUUAUACAACAUUUUGAACAACACGGGAAUUAAAUUAGACAUGUCGUAUGUAUAACAGAAAAAGUGAAGCGACACCAACAACUUUACAUUUCGACCCGUGAGAACAUUUAAUCAGAAUCUUGCCACAAGACUGACACUGUUAGAACGGAAUUAACAAUACUUCGAACAGCUUUUCCUAUAUUAUUACGAUAAUGACACAAAUUUACAUGGGAACACGAAAUUUCACCCCGGAAUUUUCUUAAUUUGACGAUGUACCCAUUGAGACUAAAUAUAACAUCGCAGCUCCCCAUAUCACCUUGUCCGUAUAUACGACUACGACGAGACACUGCCACAAAUACGUGAAAUUUGAAAAUAAAAUUAAAGCGUGCAAAAAUAGUCGAGGGUCCCUUUGUCCUAUUGACUGAGUUGUGUAUUUAUUUAAAAUUUUUAAAUUUGUGAUGGGUAAAUUAGGUGCUAAAUAUAGUGCUACAUAUAAUGGGAUUCAUGAAAAACCUGAAGGCUACAAAUGAACUUACGGACGGUACAAUUACUAUAAUUAAUUUUGAUUAUAUUUAUAUUAUCUCAAGUUUUAAUAAAAUUAUUAGGUGAAGAACAAUUCUCAUGAUGCAUAUCUAUUUACGUCUUAGAAAGAUAUAUACGUCAACUUAAAAAGUAUUAAGAAUAAAUACGCCUAAAUACAUACACUUGGCCAUGAAAAUGUA